AUGGACAAGAUCCUGGCCUUCUCCAUCCUGAGCUCGUCGCCGGCGGACAUCUCAGCGGCCGGGUUCUUCUCCACCAGGCUGUCAUGGAGGACCUCCGCCGCCGGAAAGCCUCAGACGCCUCAGGCGGACACGGCACCGCCGAAGCAGGAGAAGGCCGCCGAGCAGCGGGGCUCAUCGCGGGCCCCGGCGGCGGAACGCGAGCGGGAGGCGCGGCCGCGGUUCGCGCCGGAGUUCGACGGGCUCAACUGCUUCGAGUCCAUAGUCUCCUUCUGA